AUGUACAACGCGUUCAAAUCUCAAAAUAUACCUGGUGAACCGUUCCUUCCUAUUCUCGGUCAACUACGUCAAAUGCGUCAAUACGCCAGUGCUGACAAAAAUAUGCAGUAUUUUGUCGAUCUGCAGUCAAAACAUGGCUGUAUUUAUCUGUUCUCAUUCGGACCGCUCGUACGUCUUGUCAUAACUGAACCGAAUCUAAUAAGUGAUGUAUUGAAAAAAUACGCAAAAUUCUACGUUAAACCCAAACUAUUUCGUAUGGUGUUUACCUCAAUAAUGGGCGAACAAAAUUUACUAGUAACCGAAGGCGAAGUGCACGAUAGAUCGAGAAAAAUGUUAAAUCCCGCCUUUCAUUUUAUUAAUUUACAAUCGAUGACAUCCAUUAUGAUUAAACAGACAGUGGCUGCAAUUGACAAAUGGGACACAAUAAUCGGAAACAUUGUUGAUCUACAAGAAGAACUAAAUUCACUAACACUAUCGAUAAUAGCGUCAUGUGCGUUCGGUCAAGCAUUUGAAACAAAUAUUUCAGCAAAAGAUGUUAUACUAAAUUCAAUUACCGCCGUUCUGGAUGCCAUACAGUACCGUCAAUUUCGAUUACCGAUAAAUCAAAUAGCGUUGUUAAAUAAGCUACCAAUGUUUAAGAAACAAAUUAUUGAUGAAGGUUCAAAACGAAUAGCCGACGUGGUACAACAAAUGGUAAGUGAUCGAAAAAUGGGCAAAAGUCGUAGCUUGUGUAAUGGUAAUGAUCUGUUAGAUUUACUACUGACAGCUGAGGAUCAAGAUGGAAACAGAUUUGACGACCAAGAGGUGAAAGAUGAAGCGUUGGCGUUCGUUCUAGCAGGCCACGAAACGACGGGUAAUCUCAUGGUGUGGUGCAUGUACAUUCUUAUGACACAUCCUGAUGUCUAUCAAGACUGCUGUGAUGAAGUUGAUCGAGUUUUACACGGACAACCACCGGACAACAGUCAGUUGAGUGAACUCUAUAUUUUAGAAGCUGUUUUACAAGAGACAUUACGCUUAUAUCCGCCAGCACCGGUUAUAGUGCGUGAAUGUAUCCGUGAGCACUCAAUCGGAACCGAUGAACAACGAAUUCAUGUACCUAAGGGUGCAACAUUUCUGCUGAAUACAUACGCACUGCAUCGAUCUGACCAGUAUUGGCAGGAUCCGUUGACAUUUUGUUAUAAACGAUGGAUGAGAAAUGCUGACGGUUUGAAACCGAAGUUGUCUCAUCCGUUCUGUUAUCUGCCGUUUUCAGUUGGCAAUCGAAAUUGUAUAGGACAAAAUUUUGCCAUGUUAGAAGCAAAAGUUAUGUUGGCCCUUUUUAUCCAACGUUUACAUUUUGAAAUAGUCCCAGGGCAAAAAGUAGUACCGAUCAUGACCAUAACAAUGAAAACAAAAUAUGGAUUACAAGCGAAAGUUAAGCGACGGUUUUAG